AAAAUUGUUUGUAAUAACCACAACUCAAGGACGAUGAGUCUCUUCGUCCUGCCGCGUUAGAUACCGAUAGAUGUCUUUCAUUUACAGGGCUCUGGUUUCUGUUGGUGAUAAGGCAGUGCCCACUCGUUUAAAGCCCGUAUGGGAUCAUCCUGCAGGACCUAAAACCAUAUUCUUUUGGGCACCAACAUUCAAAUGGCUUCUUGUCAUUGCUGGUUUAGCAGAUAUUAACCGACCAGUUGAAAAUGUUAGCCUCUAUCAGAGUACAGCCCUCGCAGUUACGGGUAUCAUUUGGUCCAGAUAUUCUAUGGUCAUCAUUCCCAAAAACUAUAAUCUCCUAAGUGUUAAUGCUUUUGUCGCUAUGACUGGUUUAUACCAGCUUGGAAGAAUUGCAAAGCAUGAAUACGCCAAAAAGGAAUAGUGUCUAUGUGGUAAAUACAGCUUAUUUAGACACAGAAUUGCUACAACACGACAAUAUAUAUUAGCUCAGAAAUCAUAAAUUUUAUGCAGUAGAUGUCGUAUUAAUAUCUGUGGACUUAACUAUGCUACAGAUGUAAAUAAAAUUUCCUUCAAUAUU